CCGUGUAUUUUGGUGCUCUGGUUUUCUGACGGCACCCUGUUCUUUGCAGUUCGUGGCUGUUGCUAGCUUUUUGGCGGGCACGAUCUGGUGGUAGCUCGAGUGCCGAUUUCUGACUCGGAACUUCUCUCGACGUACAAAUGGGCGAUAAAGACGGAGAAACGUUUGACGAUGCAGUAGAAGAGCGUGUCAUUAACGAGGAGUACAAGAUAUGGAAGAAGAACACUCCGUUCCUGUAUGAUCUCGUUAUGACACAUGCCUUGGAGUGGCCUUCGUUGACGGCACAGUGGUUGCCGGACGUGACGAGACCCGAAGGCAAAGACUAUUCCGUACAUCGACUGAUCCUUGGAACUCACACCUCCGACGAGCAGAACCACCUUCUCAUCGCGAGCGUGCAGCUGCCAAACGAGGAUGCUCAGUUUGACGCGUCUCAUUACGAUAACGAAAAGGGAGAAUUUGGUGGCUUUGGAUCUGUCAGCGGGAAGAUCGAGAUCGAAAUCAAGAUCAAUCACGAGGGGGAAGUUAACAGGGCACGAUAUAUGCCACAGAAUCCUUGCGUCAUCGCGACCAAAACACCUUCCAGUGACGUGCUGGUCUUUGAUUAUACUAAACAUCCAAGUAAACCCGAUCCAAAUGGAGAGUGCCAUCCAGACCUUAGGCUACGAGGACAUCAGAAAGAAGGCUACGGUCUCUCCUGGAAUCCAAAUCUAAACGGUUACUUACUGAGUGCAUCGGAUGACCAUACGAUUUGCCUUUGGGACAUUAAUGCCACGCCAAAGGAGAAUCGAGUUAUCGAUGCUAAGACCAUCUUUACGGGCCACACUGCUGUUGUAGAAGACGUCGCUUGGCAUUUGCUUCACGAAUCUCUCUUCGGUUCCGUUGCCGAUGACCAGAAACUCAUGAUUUGGGACACAAGAUGUAACAAUACUAGUAAACCGAGUCACACCGUCGAUGCUCACACUGCGGAGGUUAACUGUCUAAGUUUCAAUCCUUACUCCGAGUUCAUUCUCGCAACUGGCAGUGCUGACAAGACUGUAGCUCUCUGGGACCUGAGGAAUUUAAAAUUAAAGUUGCACUCGUUCGAGUCUCACAAGGAUGAGAUCUUCCAGGUGCAAUGGUCUCCGCACAACGAAACUAUAUUAGCUAGCAGUGGCACCGAUAGGCGUUUGCAUGUCUGGGAUCUUAGCAAGAUCGGAGAGGAGCAGUCCAGCGAGGAUGCUGAAGAUGGACCUCCUGAAUUAUUGUUCAUCCACGGAGGUCACACCGCGAAAAUUAGUGAUUUCUCAUGGAACCCCAACGAACCAUGGGUUAUAUGCUCAGUCUCGGAAGACAAUAUAAUGCAAGUUUGGCAGAUGGCGGAGAACAUUUACAACGACGAGGAGCCGGACACACCGGCCAGUGAGCUCGAAGCCGGAGCUUCAUAGAUAGCGAACUUAAUUUAUUAAGAACUUCAAUUCUGGGAUUUGUUAAGCGAUCGUUCAGACGUCAGUCGAGAAAGAGAGUAUUCAAAUUUCCACCCGUCGCGUCUCCGCGUCGCCACCGAUGAGCCGUCACCGUCGACGGAAAAUGUAUUAUCUUCAUUUAACUGCUAUUUCUUUAAAGUAAAACUUUUCCGAAACUUGUUCCAGUAUCGUCUAUACUUAACUGUUACGUAUAAACCCGAAACAGAUGUGCAUCUGUAAAAAUUUUAUAUAAAUACAGGCGGCAGUUAUGUGUAACUA